UAUUUUCAUAAGUCUCACAGCUUACAUUGCCCGCGUACACCACUAGAGCUUCAAGCAUCUUGCAAUGGAAGAUGUAUGCGAGGGCAAAGAUUUCUCCUUCCCCGAUCAGGAGGAGAAAAUCCUUCAAUGGUGGGAUGAAGUCAAGGCCUUCAAGACUCAGCUAGAGCGGACUAAGGAUAUGCCGGAGUACAUCUUCUACGACGGCCCGCCUUUCGCUACAGGUCUACCGCACUACGGCCAUAUCCUCGCCGGGACGAUCAAGGAUAUCGUCACGCGGUACCAGUCCAUGGCGGGGCACCACGUCACGCGACGCUUCGGAUGGGACUGCCACGGCCUUCCCGUCGAGCACGAGAUCGAUAAGAAGCUUGGGAUUAAGAGCCGCGAGGAUGUGAUUAAGAUGGGCAUUGACAAGUACAACGAGGAGUGCCGGGGGAUUGUGACGCGGUACGUUGCGGAGUGGGAGAAGACUGUGGUCAGGAUGGGGCGCUGGAUUGAUUUCAGAGACGAUUACAAGACUAUGGACUUGAAGUUCAUGGAGAGUGUCUGGUGGGUCUUUGCUCAGUUGUUUGACAAGGGACUUGUCUAUAGAGGCUUCAAGGUUAUGCCAUAUAGUACGGGUUGCAAAACUCCAUUAUCCAAUUUUGAAGCAAAUUCAAAUUACAAGGAAGUUCCUGAUCCUGAAAUCAUGGUAUCUUUCCCCAUAGUUGAUGAUCAUGAUGGUGCAUCUUUUGUUGCUUGGACGACGACUCCAUGGACUCUUCCUAGUAACCUUGCUCUUUGUGUGAAUGCUAAUUUUGUGUAUCUAAAGGUGCGCAACAAGUUUGAUGGGAAAAUCUAUGUGGUGGCCGAAUCUAGACUAUCUGAGCUUCCUUUAGAAAAAGCAAAAAAAGGCACCACCAAUGGUGCUGUUAAUGAUACCCAAAAUUCAAAUCCCAAGUCCAAGCCUUCUGGUGGUAAAUCAAAGAAUUUGGAUACUUACGAGAUUUUGGAUAAAAUCUCAGGGUCUUCACUUGUUGGGAAGAAGUAUGUACCAUUGUUUGAUUACUUUAAGGACUUCUCUGAUACUGCAUUCAGAGUUGUUGCAGAUGAUUAUGUUACUUCUGAUAGUGGUUCUGGCAUUGUUCACUGUGCUCCUGCAUUUGGUGAAGACGAUUAUCGUGUUUGUAUUGAAAAUCAGAUAAUUAACAAGGGGGAGAACCUGAUCGUAGCAGUGGAUGAUGAUGGUUGUUUUACUGAGAGGGUUUCUGACUUUGCUCGUCGUUAUGUAAAGGAUGCAGACAAGGAUAUUAUUCAAGCUGUUAAGGAGAAAGGAAGGCUUGUGAAGUCUGGGAAUUUUACCCAUUCCUAUCCAUUUUGUUGGAGAUCUGACACACCACUGAUUUACAGAGCAGUGCCCAGCUGGUUUGUUGCAGUAGAGAAGAUAAAGGAUCAAUUGUUAAUGAACAAUAAAGAAACAUACUGGGUUCCUGAUUUUGUGAAGGAAAAGCGCUUUCAUAAUUGGCUAGAAAAUGCAAGGGAUUGGGCUGUUAGUCGAAGUAGGUUCUGGGGAACUCCACUUCCUGUAUGGAGAAGUGAGGAUGGCGAGGAGAUUGUUGUUAUGGAUUCCAUUGAUAAACUGGAAAAGCUUUCGGGUGAAAAGGUGACAGACUUGCAUCGCCAUAAGAUUGAUCAUAUUACCAUCCCCUCUAGUCGUGGAUCUGAAUUUGGAGUUCUUCGUCGUGUGGAGGAUGUUUUUGAUUGCUGGUUUGAAAGUGGAUCCAUGCCAUAUGCUUAUAUUCACUACCCUUUUGAAAAUGUUAAACUCUUUGAAAACAAUUUUCCCGGGCAUUUUGUGGCUGAAGGGCUUGACCAAACCCGAGGAUGGUUCUAUACCCUCAUGGUCUUGUCUACUGCACUGUUUGGAAAACCUGCUUUUAGAAAUCUUAUUUGCAAUGGACUUGUCCUGGCUGAGGAUGGAAAGAAGAUGAGUAAGAGACUGAAGAACUAUCCGCAACCUACGGAAGUUAUAAAUGAUUAUGGUGCUGAUGCCUUGCGAUUAUAUCUGAUUAACUCUCCAGUUGUUCGUGCUGAGCCCUUACGGUUCAGAAAAGAGGGAGUGUAUGGAGUGGUUAAAGAUGUUUUUCUGCCAUGGUAUAAUGCAUAUAGGUUCCUUGUUCAGAAUGCAAAAAGAUUUGAGGUUGAUGGGCUUGGGGCAUUUACUCCUUUUGAUAAAAAAACUCUUCAAUCUUCUUCAAAUGUCCUUGAUCAAUGGAUCAACUCAGCGACUGAAAGUUUAGUACAUUUUGUUCGACUAGAGAUGGCUGCGUACAGAUUGUAUACGGUGGUUCCCUAUCUGUUGAAAUUUCUUGAUAACUUGACAAAUAUUUACGUGCGGUUCAAUCGUAAGAGGCUUAAAGGUCGUACAGGCGAGGAGGAUUGCAAAACAGCUCUGUCUACUCUCUACCAUGUGCUCUUAACUUCAUGCAAAGCAAUGGCUCCAUUCACACCUUUCUUUACUGAGGUUCUAUAUCAAAAUUUAAGAAAAGUUCUCAAUGGAUCAGAGGGUAGUAUUCAUUAUUGUAGUUUUCCGGAAGUAGAGGGGAAGAGAUGGGAACGGAUUGAACAAAGUGUUAGUAGGAUGACGACGGUCAUUGAUCUUGCCCGUAAUAUCCGUGAGCGCCGUAACAAACCUCUAAAAACACCACUAAGGAACAUGGUGGUCGUACAUCCAGAUGAAGAUUUUCUUCAGGAUAUCAAGGAGAAACUAAAAGAGUUUGUGUUAGAGGAACUCAAUGUUCUGUCUUUGGAGACAUGUAGUAAUACUUUGGAAUAUGCAUCUUUACGCGCUGAACCUGACUUCAGUGUGUUAGGAAAAAGACUAGGAAAGUCAAUGGGAGAAGUUGCAAAGGCAGUCAAGGCAAUGUCAACCGAAGAUAUUCUGGCUUUUGAGAAAGCUGGAGAACUUACCUUUGCAAAACACACUUUGAAGCUUAGUGAUAUUAAGAUUAUCCGGGGUUUUAAGCGUCCUGAUAAUCGGACAGAGGAUGAGAUAGAUGCAGCUGGAGAUGGUGAUGUGUUGGUGGUAUUGGAUUUGGUGAUAGAUGAGUCACAACUCAAGACUGGAGCUGCUCGCGAGAUUGUUAAUAGAGUUCAGAGGUUGAAAAAGGAAUCUGCACUUGAGCCGACGGAUGUAGUUCAGGUCUACUUCAGAGCAAUAGACGAUGAUAAAUCAGUUUCUCAGCAGGUUUUGGAGACACAGAAACAAUACAUUACUGAUGCAAUUGCAUCUCCAUUGCUUCCUGCUGACUCGAUUCCACCAAGUGCUGUGAUUCUCGGAGAAAAAAGUUUCGAUGGAGUGUCAGACCUCAAACUCUCGUUUACAAUCACCUUAGCAAGAGCUUAGAAAAUCCAAGUGUUUUUUUGUUGUUUCUGUGUUUCGGGUUAUGGUGCAAGCAAGGUCAGGUCAUCAAGUUUGUUUUUAGUAUUUUGACUUAUUUGAGGAUGAGGGAUGGAUGGAUCACACACUGCUAGACACAGUUUAUCAAAGAUAUGUAACAAAAUACGCACUUUUCUCAUAUCAAAAUUUGUAACAAAAAUAUGCUACCAUUGCUUUUACUCCAUAGUAUCUGCCUUUAUAGUAUUAUCAUUUGCAUAAUAAUAUACUCCGUAUGUUUUAGAAUA